AUGAGUGUCCCGGAACGCCAGUCGAUCACGCAAGAGCCCGACGUCUACAAUGAUCAGAUAGACGCGGAAAAAUAUGAGCAGAAAGCGUCUCCUGAGGACGAUCCGUUCGGCAAUGAAGAAACCGGGGAAGUGAAGUACCGUGUGAUGAAGUGGUGGCAAGCUGGAAUGCUGAUGGUCGCCGAAAACAUCUCGCUCGGUAUUCUGUCUCUUCCCUCGGCCGUGGCAACUCUCGGAAUCGUCCCGUCGUUGAUUCUCAUCCUCGGUCUGUCAGGUAUCUCAUGGUACACCGGGUACAUCAUGGGCCAGUUCAAACAGCGAUAUCCUCAGGUGCACAGCAUGGGUGACGCUGGAGAGCUGCUUAUGGGCUCGUUCGGUCGAGAGCUAUUCUUCUUCGGCCAGCUGCUGUUCAUGAUCUUUUUGAUGGCCAGUCACAUCCUCACAUUUUCCGUGUUGUUUAACACGAUCACAAACCACGGCACCUGCACCAUCGUCUUCGGUGUCGUUGGCCUGAUCGUCAGCUGCAUUUGCGCCCUCCCGCGGACGUCGAGUAAGCUGUUUAUCAUGUCCACCGUCUCCGCCGUUAGUAUCCUGGUCGCCACAAUCACUACAAUGAUUUCCAUUGGUGUGCAAGCUCCGGACGACGUCGUGAACGAAAUCACUACCUCGCCUACCUUCUCAGAGGCUUUCCUCGCCGUUACCAACAUCGUCUUCGCCUUCAUCGCUCAUGUGGCGUUCUUCGGUAUUAUGUCGGAGAUGGAGGACACCGCCCAGUUCCCCAGGUCUCUGGCCAUGCUCCAGGGUGUCGAUACCACCCUCUACAUUGUGACGGCAAUGGUCAUCUACUGCUAUGCAGGCCCCGACGUGGACUCUCCCGCCCUCUCAUCCGCUGGACCCGUGAUGAAGAAGGUCGCUUACGGCCUGGCCAUUCCGACGGUCAUUGUUGCCGGUGUGGUUUUCGGCCACGUUGCUUCCAAGUAUAUCUAUGUUCGAAUCUUCCGUGGUGAGCGUUCGCACCACAUGCACCAGAGGAGUUUGUUGGCCACCGGAACUUGGGUGGCCAUCGGUCUGACGACGUGGAUCAUUGCCUGGGUCAUCGCCGAGUCGAUCCCGGUGUUUAACGACUUGCUGAGUUUGAUUAGUUCCCUCUUUGGAAGCUGGUUCAGCUACGGCAUUCCUGCCAUCAUGUGGCUAGUUAUGAACAAGGGACAGUGGACCGAGUCGCCGAAGCAAAUCGCCCUCACGAUCCUCAACUUGGUGAUUCUGGGAAUCGCCCUUGCUAUUUGCGGACUGGGUCUGUACGUGUCGGGCAAGUCGAUCAAUGAGAGUUCGUCCACUGCCAGCUGGACGUGUGCCAACAACGCCACGUAA